AUUUGCUGCGCUUGUCUAUGUACCCAUAUUCGAAUGCUCAUCCAGGCUAGCUAGAAUUUCACUCGUCCUAAGAUUUACUCGAAGCAGGUUCCCCUAUAGCACUCGGGGUUAGGCACCUACCUCGGCAGCGCCUGGCAGCGGCAGUGCCUUGGGAAUAGUCUGGGAAUUUCUCAGUGGGCACAACGUUCAUUUCAUUUGUAGAAGCGCCGGUGCGCUACGUUUUGUCUCCUAUCUUCGCCACUCACCCCGUCCAAUAUGGCAUCCCACGGUGCUGCUGCACGGGCCUCUCUUUCCUUAAGCAUGCCCUAUUCUGGGAUCCCCAAUAGCCUUUCCAGCCGUGUCGUCGUUUAUCAAGGGUGGGUGUUGAAGAAGCGACGCAAAAAGAUGCAAGGGUUUGCUCGCCGCUACUUCACACUGUAUCAAUCUGGCCUUCUUUCUUAUUCCUUCGAGCCCGGUCAACCCACUCGAGACCAGAUUUCACUGCAUCAUGCUGCUAUUUCCACAGCUCCAGGACGAAAGGAUAUUCAUUUGGACUCAAAUACUGCCACAUUCCAUAUUAAGUGUUUAAACACGGAUGACUUCAAUCAAUGGAUGGCUGCGUUUAGGAUAUUUGUCGUCGCAGGUGCAGAAGUUCGUAAAUCAAAUAGCAUAAGAUUAGUUUCGCGGCAACAAGGCAACUUCAAAUUGAGCAGAUCAGGCGCCAUCGCCGACGACAUGAGCACGACCAUACAUCAACUUGAGGAUGCUUUGGAUUCUCUUAAGGCCGACGUCAACCCGAAAAAAAACCAUAGUUUCAUGAAGCAGAAGGAGAAGAAAGAUUCCGCGUCCAUGUUUGGAUUGUUCAAAAAAGCCCAACAUUUUGCCUCAGAUGUUGGCUCUGACAGCAUCCAUUCAGAAUGUAGUGAAAAUAUAGACCCUUCGUUGAGCUCUUUCCAGCGCGUCCGUCUGGUUUUGGACACGUUGAAAAGUCAACAUACCGCCUUGCUUAGGUCCCUUCAGACGUCCACUCAGACCGAGGCUGUCGCCUCUGCUCAUGUGUCACCACCUGCAAUCACUGAAGAAGAGGAGCAUACUAUUGCCCCUCACAGCCCUAGUAUCUCAUUCAAGCCUUCGAAGCGCGCAUCAAUUGCCACUACCAUUACUGAUAGCCUCAGUGAGUGGUUUGACGCCUCAGACGGUUUCAAUGAGGGCGCCCAAGAAUUUGUAUUGGAUGUCCACGCUUUCCCAGAUGGUACUGAACAACCAAGUCGAACGUUGAGUAACGAUAGCAGGAGCAGUUUGGAUCAAGGAGAAGACUCCAGUGUUGAUACUGACAUAGCACAGGAACUAGGCUCUACCAGAUUACCCAGCGAAGAGUUUACUCAACCCGAUGCAUCCACCUAUGCUCUCCAGGUUGUUCGACGGACCCAUUUGCCGGCCCCUCCCGUUGGUGACGAAGGUAGUCUCUUCUCCAUGCUCAAGAAAAAUGUUGGGAAGGAUCUCUCAACAAUAGCUUUUCCUGUAACCUUCAACGAACCUUUAACCCUGCUCCAAAGGGCUGCUGAAGAAGUGGAAUAUUAUGAUCUUCUCAAUCAGGCUGCUGAUACAGUAGAUCCAGUGGAUCGAAUGCGUUAUGUUGCGGCAUUUGCGGUCGCUGGUUAUGCGCAUACCAAGCAUCGCUCAGGGAGGAAAGGAUUUAAUCCAAUGCUCGCCGAAACAUAUGAAGAUGUGCGAAUGAAAUUUAUCUCAGAGAAAGUCUGCCACAACCCGCUAGAGAUGGCGUAUCAUGCCGAAGGGAAGAACUGGGAAUUAUAUGCCACAUCUGCCGGCAAAACAAAGUUUUGGGGUAAAAGUCUAGAGAUUAUCCCGUUGGGUACAACACAUGUCAAGAUUGGGAAGGAUCACUUUCAUUGGAAAAAGCCUUCAUCAUUCAUGAGAAAUCUUAUGGUCGGAACGAAAUACCUAGAGCAUUGUGGCAAACUCACCAUCGAAAACAUGCGCGACUCAAGUCGUUGUGUCCUUGACUUUAAGCAGAGCGGGUAUUGGGCGGUAUCCAACGUUGUCUCUGGUAUCCUAUACUCUUCAUCAGGCGAUGUCGUGUCUCAACUCGAAGGUAAAUGGGACGAACAGCUUGCUGAGACAGUGGACUCCUCUCACUUGCGUAUACUGUGGAGGGCGACGCCUUGGCCUAUAGAUACUCAUCAGUAUUAUGGAUUUACAUCGUAUGGCAUCACGUUAAACGAAAUCACGGACGACAUUGUUAAUUGCUUGCCCCCAACCGAUUCUCGUUACCGACCUGACGUCCGAGCCCUUGAGGAAGGUGAUUUGGACCUAGCCGAGCAUGAGAAGGCACACGUUGAGGAAUUACAACGGGACCGGAGGCGUAGAGGAGAAGAACGGCAGGCGCGAUGGUUCAAGCAAGUCGGUGAUGAAUGGAUCUAUAUUGGUGGUUAUUGGGAAGCUAGAGCGAAGGGCUGGAAGGACACAGGAAUCCAACCUCUCUGGUGAUGUGCUACGUAUUCUCUUGGUACGGCCACAUCAAUGAUACCCAUGACAUACGAUACUCCUAAUACUGAUCAUCGUCAGGCAUAGAGUACAUUCUGAGUUGUUGAAUAACAACAUAACGUCUUACUUAAGAAUUCGCAGGGGCUACUUCCACUGAGUGCCCCUCGUACUUUAGCAAUCAUAGGAAGCGGCGCUCGCAAUAGUUCACUGGG